GUGCAGACAUUGCUUCAGCAAAUGCAGGACAAAUUUCAAACCAUGUCUGACCAGAUAAUUGGCAGAAUCGACGACAUGAGCUGCCGCAUAGACGACCUGGAGAAGAACAUCGCCGACCUCAUGACGCAGGCGGGGGUGGAGGAGCUGGAGGGGGAGAACAAGACCCCUGCUCCCAACAAGAGCUAA